AUGAAGGAAUUACCCAAGCGGGUACAGAUUAACUGCAUUGAUGAAGAGACAAAUGAAGUUAGAUCCAAAUGGCAAACAAUACAAUAUGAUUACUUACCAAAAUAUUGUGUUAAUUGCAAAAUACAAGGACAUAAUAAGAAAGAAUGCUGGAAUUUAUAUCCAGAAUUCAGACCAAAAAAGGAGGACAUAAAGGAAAGGAGUGAAGAGCAACAAGAGAAGAAGAAUAAUAAUGGAAAGGCACCUAUCAAGGAGAAUAACAAUGGUAAUGGAGAAAGAAAGGAAUAUGGGGAGAAAAAACAGACCAAUGGAAAGGAGGAUGGGGAGAAAAAGCAGAAUUUUAACAAGAGCAAACGACAACCAUUCAAAGUUCUUAAAUCUGGAAAGGUUGUUGUAAACAAAAAUGAUCCCAAAAAUGAUCCUAAUUGCUGGAAGGCCAAAGACAAAAAGGAGAUGGAAGGGGGUAAAAAUAAAGGUAUAGAAAGGAAAGAAAAGGAAGUGAACAAUCAAGAGGUGAGUAAACAGAAAACAAAUACAUUUACUUCAACAAACAACAAGUUCAGUACUCUAGUGGACUUGGAGGAAGAUGAACAUAAUGGUGAGGAUGGUCAGGAGUACAAAAAGCAACAAGAAACAAAAGCAAUUAGGGAAUCAGCAAAGCCAUGGGUGGAAGCAUCUUUUGGAAAACAAGGAGGAGGUACUAGUGCCUUUAAACAAUUAAUCGAACAACAAACAAGUAUUGAGAAGGAACAGGAGCAAUGUAAGUCACAACACAAAGUCACAGAAGGGCAUAAGGGCAAUCAAAUGGAGGAGGAAACAAAAUCACAAGAUACAGAGAGAACCAUAAAUGAUGUAUGGGAGGGUGUCAAUGAGGAGAGACAAAAGAGGAGGAUAAGUCAAGAAUCAGCAGUGCAAGAGAUAGAUAAACUAAUAGAAAUUACUGAAACUGAGCAACAAAUAACCACAUAUCAACAGGUGGAAAAAGAAAAACCACCUGAUGAUGUACUGGAUAAGUCUAAUGAAAUAACCAAGGAAGUAAAAGAUACAGAGUCAUCUACACACAACCACAACAAUGAGGGAAGGUCAGAAAAUGCAGAUCAUGGAGAUAAUAAAAUGGGUGCAGAAGAACAGACAGAGCAACAAAGGAAGAAUAUUAUUGAAGAUGGGGAAUUUGGGGAAAAUACAUAUUCUAUAUCUUCAAAUGUGCCUGAAAAUAAGACCAAUGAUGAAGAAAGAAUUGAUGAUAUAGGAGAUGAUGAUGAAGUGGAAAGCACUAGUAUCCCAAUCAGUCCAUCAGAGCAUAAUGCAGGGGAUGUUUCACCAAAACAAAUAACCAAAACAAAGAAAGAAGGGAGACAUCAUAAGCAAAACAGAGAUAAAAGUGUGCCACCUAAGGCAGUAGGUGGCGUACUCACAAGGAAAGCAUAUGCCAAAGGAAGUUUACAAUGA